AUGCAGACCGACAGGGCCCGGGCCGCCCCCUACGCAGGCCCCCACUCUCCGCUAGGGGCUCGAGAGGUGCCAGAGGGCCAGGUCUGGGAUCCCGCCGGCCUGGCUCCGCCCCUUCCCCGUGGCCCCCUUCUCGGUGUCCCGAGUCGACGCUCCGCCCCCGCUCGCCUCCCCCCACCCCCUCGGUGCCGAUGGGCAGAGACGGGGCCCCGGGAGCCGGUGGGGGGGCAGGGGAGGGAGGGAGGGAGCGGGGCCCCAAAGCCCCUGGACGGCUCUUCCCUCCCCUCCGCCGCCUUGGCCCGCGCCGCCCCGGCCCGCGCCAGCUGCGUGCGUGGGGGAGGGGACCGGAGAGCGGGUCCGAGCGCGCGGAGGCGGUGGCUGCCGCCGCCGCCACGGCCAAGGCCAUCGCCGCCCCGGCCGCAGCCGCGCGGACUCAGCAGCCCGAGCCCUCGGGGCGCAGCGACGACCAACGCUGAGCGGCGCCGGCCGGCCGGCCCUCGGCGGGAUUCUGACGUCGGGGGUGGGGCGCCUGGCGGGCGGGCACUCACUAGGCGGCUGGGCGCCUGGCGGGCUGCAGCGCGGUGCGGUGCACAGCCUCGUGCGGACCCGGGGCUGCUGCGGACGGCGAGGCGGGCCGGAGAGAGGCGCGGCGGCGGGAGCGGGAGCGGCGGGAGCGGCGGGAGCGGCGGCGGCACCGAAGGAGCGAGCCUCAGCCGUCCGGCCCCCCUCGGGCCCGCGCGCCCCGCCGUGCAUGGGGAAGCCCCCCGCGGAGCGCCCCGGAGCCAAGAGGCCGCCGGCCCGGCCCCCUCCGGGCCCCGCCCCCAAGCGGGCCCCGGGCCCGGCCGCGCCCGCCGCCGCCGCCGCCGCCGCCGCGCCCCGCUCGGCCUCACUGAGCCCCGGCCCCCGCGAGCGCGCGGCUUCCGCCGCUCCCGCCGGCAGCCGUUACUGCGGGCCCGGCGCGGCCCCGGGCCCGGCCUCGGCGCCGCGCGCGCGCCGCCCUCGCGCCCGCCCCGCCAGGGCGCCCGCCCCGCGGAGGGCGGGCCGAGGCCGCGCCGCUUCCGGUCGCCGGGGCGGGCACGCGGUGGCCGGAAACCGGAAGCGGCGCCGAGGCCGCUUCCGGUCUCCCGCCGCUGA